CCGCGCCGCCGGAAGCGGCCGCGCAGCUUCCGAGCCCCAGCGGGCGGCCCGGGAACAGCCAUGGAGGGCUCUCAGCCGGACGCUGCGGACGACAGGCACAUGGACGCGUUCCUGGACAAGUUCCGGAGCCAGCCUUACCGCGGCGGCUUCCACGAGGAUCAGUGGGAGGAGGAAUUUGACAAGAUUCCCUUAUUUAUGAAGAAAGCACCAUCAGAAGUUGAUCCCAAGGAGAAUCCUGACUUGGCUUGCCUCCAGUCAAUUAUUUUUGAUGAGGAGCGAUCUCCAGAAGAACAAGCCAAGACCUAUAAAGAUGAGGGCAAUGACUACUUUAAAGAAAAAGACUAUAAGAAAGCUGUGAUCUCAUACACUGAAGGUUUGAAGAAGAAAUGUGUAGACCCUGACUUGAAUGCUGUCCUUUACACCAACCGAGCAGCAGCACAGUACUAUCUGGGCAAUUUUCGUUCUGCUCUCAAUGAUGUGAUGGCUGCCCGAAAGCUAAAGCCCCACCACCUCAAAGCCAUAACGAGAGGUGCCCUGUGCCAUCUAGAACUGAAACACUUUGCCGAGGCUGUGAGCUGGUGUGACGAGGGGCUGCAUAUAGAUGCCAAGGAGAAGAAGCUUCUGGAAGUGCGGGCUAAAGCAGACAAGCUGAAGCGAACUGAACAGAGAGAUGUGAGGAAAGCAAAGCUGAAAGAAAAGAAGGAGCAAAAUCAGAACGAGGCUUUACUCCAGGCCAUCAAGGUCAGGAACAUCAGGCUCAUAUCCGAAGCUGCUGGUGAGGAUGAAGAUACCGCCUCAGAAGGUCUAGGCGAGAUUUUCCUGGAUGGGCUCAGCUCUGAGAACCCUUAUGGUGCCAGGCUGAGUCUGGAUGACCGGGGCAGGUUGAGCUGGCCUGUGCUGUUCCUGUACCCAGAAUAUGCCCAGUCGGACUUCAUCUCUGCUUUUCAUGAGGACUCCAGGUUUAUUGAUCAUCUAAUGGUGAUGUUUGGUGAAACGCCCUCUUGGGACUCAGAGCAAAAAUACUGCCCGGAUAAUCUGGAGGUCUACUUUGAGGAUGAGGACAGGACAGAACUAUACCAGGUGCCUCCCAAGAGCACCCUGCUGCAGGUGCUGCAGCAUCCCAGGUACUUUGUAAAAGCCCUGACUCCAGCAUUUCUGAUCUGUGUAGGGGCCUCUCCUUUUUGCAAGAAUUUUCUCCAAGGGAGAAAGGUGCACCGGGUAAAGUGACAGAGCCAGGCUAUGCGAGCCAGGUCCCUGCCUCGUGUUCCUCACCAUCUUGAACAGCUGGAGACACUCCUAGAACCCAGCACUUUUGUUCUGUCCCUGUGGGGACAUUCUUUCCUAGCCUCAAGCAGGGGAAGGAGCUGCUGACUUCCCUACUCUGUGGCCUCUCUGGCCAUUACUCUCUUCAGGGGAGGCACAGCUCUGUACCCGGCUGUGAUGUCCCGGCAGUGUGUCUGUGAGGAAACCACCUGCCACGUUUACCACAGCAACUGACUGAGUGAGUUGCCAGCCUGUGGAUACCACUCUGGACAUUGUGACAGAUGCCACAAGAAGCCUUCAAGAAGAUGCCCCUCCAGCGCAGUAACCAACUCUGAGGAAUUCUAAAGCCUGAAGGCUCAGCUGACCUGGUUCCCAGUUGUUUCACCACCAUGGAAGGGAGCUGUGUGGGGAGCUGUAUACUAUGGGACAGCUGGAACCGUGGAAGGCCCUGCCUGUCUCUGUCUACUGCUCAGACGCUGCCAAUUUCUUCAUCUCUGCAGUAUGAGAACUGUGAGGGACAGUGGCCUCCAACUUUCAUUCCAGUUUUCACAUGUGAGGAUUGUGUGCCUGUUUGGGAUGGGGCCUCACAAUAUUCCCCAGGCUGGUCUCAAACUCCUGGGCUCAAAUGAUUCUUCUGCCUCACCCUCCUAAGUGCUGCAACUGACUACAGGUGCACACCCCUGCACCUGGCUAGGAUUUUAGGCCAUUUAAACUAGAAAAUCUUGCUGGGCGUGGAGGUGCACCUCUUUAAUCCCAGCACUUGGGAGGGUGAAGCAGGAGAAUCACUGAGUCAAGGCUGGCUUGCAACAUAUAGCAACACCCUGUCUCAAAAAAA